AUGUCCUUCAGAGCUCCUAUCCGACGUAUCGCCCUCGCCAGGCCUGCUUUGGCUGCGCGAGGCUUCCACUCUACCCCUCGUGCUUUUGUCCGCGUUGGUCAAGAGAUUCCUAACCUUGACGUCCUUCUGGAGGACUCGCCCGGUAACAAGGUCAAUCUCGCGGAGGAGUUCAAGUCCGCCAAUGGAUACAUCGUUGGCGUUCCUGCUGCCUUCUCCGGAACGUGCUCCAGCAAGCACAUUCCCUCUUACAUCAACCACCCCAAGCUCAAGCAGGCUGGCCAGGUCUUUGUUGUAUCCGUCAAUGAUCCGUUUGUCAUGAAGGCUUGGAGUGAGCAGCUCGACCCCGCCAAGCAGACCGGUAUCCGAUUCCUUGGCGACCCUACUGGUGAGUUCACUAAGGCUCUAGACCUUGGCUUCGAGGCAUACGAGGUAUUUGGCGGUAUGCGAGGAAAGCGAUAUGCCCUCAAGGUGGAGGAUGGCAAGGUCAGCAAGGCAUACGUGGAGCCUGACAAUACUGGAAGCGCUGUCUCCAUGGCGGAGCAAGUGCUCGACUAG